AUGAGCUUUUCCAUGUUUGGCGAGGACUCCCCACGCAGCAUCCAGCUGCCGGAUAAUUAUCUAGUGGGAAGAAAUAGUCCUGUGGUGGUGGAGCAGAAUGUCAGUUAUACCAGGGGAAAUCCUACUCAUGGGGUUCAGCAGAGUCUGCUUCCGCUGGAUCCACGCAGACUACCGAGCAGAUUCCGAAAUAACAGCGAAGCUAGGGAAAACGGGAACGGAAACGGGAAUGGAAAUGAUGAGGAUGCAAGAUUUCUUCGUUUGGCCCAUGAGGCCUUAGUAGCUUCCACGGCCAAGCUGGAUAUGCUUGUGGAUCCGACGAUCGAGGAUCUUUUAACGAGACUUCAAUAUGCGCUGCUGCCCCACGGGAACCCGAUAAAACGGUCUCAGAACAUCACAGCUAACGAAAAUGGUCAACUUAUGAUUCAGAACUUCUACGAUGGGUUCCCCAACAUGAGCAACGAUAUCUUCACGGGCACGCACAACCACCCGCUGAAUUCUAAUAACUCAGGCUGGAACUUCCUUCUAGACGAAGAAAAGAAGAAAAGUGAGAUCAAACAAGAGGCCGAGGAAGAAGAGGAUAAGGUUCCGGCGCUAGACAGAAAAAACAAGCUUCAAAGAAAGUUCCCGUGCCCGGAUUGCGAUAUGCUGUUCCGGAGAAGCAGCGAUCUCAAGCGCCAUGGAAAACAGCACUUGGAAAUCCCAGCCAAUAUCUGUCCUUCUUGUGGCAAAGGCUUUGCUCGAAGAGAUGCUCUUAAACGGCACCAGGGCACGCUUACAUGUAAGAGAAACGAGCUCAAGGGCUUGUACGAGAAGAACUUGACAUAUCUACGAGAGCAGCAGCAGGAUAAGCGAUAA